AUGUACAAUUUCAGACGACUCUUCGUCUCUGCCGCCCUCCUAUUCGGAAUCGGGCUGGUUCUCUUCGCUAGGUCCGCCGAGGCUGCCAAGGGACCCAAGAUCACCCACAAGGUCUACUUUGAUAUCACUCACGGCGAUGAGAAACUUGGUCGAGUUGUCAUGGGCCUCUACGGCAGGACUGUGGAAAAGACGGCCGAGAACUUCCGCGCCCUAGCCACGGGCGAAAAGGGCUUCGGCUACGAGGGCUCGGGCUUCCACCGCGUCAUCAAGGGGUUCAUGAUCCAGGGCGGCGACUUCACCAAUCACGACGGCACUGGUGGCAAGUCGAUCUACGGCGCCAAGUUUCCCGAUGAGAACUUCAAGCUCAAGCACAGCAAGAAAGGCCUCCUGUCCAUGGCAAACUCUGGCCCCGACACCAAUGGCUCACAGUUCUUUAUCACCACCGUCAUCACCUCAUGGCUCGACGGUAAACACGUCGUCUUCGGCGAGGUCCUCGAGGGCUUCGACAUCGUUGAGAAGAUUGAGAACGCACAGACGGCGUCAGACAAGCCCGUGAAGCCUGUCAAGAUCGUCAAGAGCGGCGAGCUGGAGGUUCCCCCUGAAGACCUCUUCGGCGACGCAGAAUGGGCCGAUGGUAACACAUCAGGGGAUGAUUCGUCACAUGUCCCACCCCAGGACACUGUCCGAGAAGGCUGGUCUAACGUCCAGAAGCUGAUGGCUCUUGGAGUCGUUGUGGGUGCCAUUGCCAUUUUCAUUCGGGUGAACAACAAAGGAAAAAGGGGUGUUGGCUACGAGAAGACCUUGUCCUGA